AUGAGCGACGACUGGGAGGAUAGCACCUCCAGAACACCACUUCUCCCGCCGAACACAACCUCCUCAUCAUCAACCAACCCAUUACUAUCACCAUCUCUCCACCUCACAGUCAGAUUCAGCGCCUCUCUCCCGGACCUGCACCUCGACAUCCCCUCUCCCAACCGCACCACCAUCGUCGCUCUCAAGCACCGCAUCCGCGAGCGCCUCCUAGCCCUAUCCUCCAGCAGCAAAGACAAAGACAGCAAAGAUGACGACCAAACCACCGCCAAAGCAGCCCGGAGCCGUCUCCGCUUCAUCCACGCCGGCAAGAUCCUCCCCGACACUGCCAUCGUCAGCUCCGUCCUUCGCCCACCUCCGCCACCGCCCAUGGCCGUCGACCCCAAGGGCAAGGGAAAAGCCGUUUAUCGCCAGCAGCAGCAACAGCAACAGCAACAGCAACAAAGAGUCUACGUAAACUGCAGUAUAGGUGACGAACUCACUGACGAAGAAUUAUCCACCGAAGCGGCGGCCGCAUCUUUUAUUCCUACUACCCCCGUCGGAUCCGUUGAUUCACCUAGUACCGGUACCGGUAAAACCAGCCGCACGACCGGCCUCCACCAACCAUCAACAGCAUCUUCAGGAGAAACCAGGUCCCGAGCCAAUGCCUCCAGACAAGAAACAGACCGUAACACUGCCCCCCGCGGCUUCGACCGCUUUUUGUCAGCUGGGUUUACCCCAGCAGAAGUGAACCAGCUUCGCCUGCAGUUCAGAUCCAUCCAAGCAUCGCGGUUUACACCGGAUACCAUGCCCUCCCCCGACACUUUGCGAUCAAUGGAAGAUGCCUGGAUAGAUACCAACCACGGCGGUGUUGGGGGAGCCGGCCUGGAUAUGGAAGCCGAUGACGGCACGGGGGAACCAAUACCUACAAACGAAACGGAUGGGUUCAACGGCAUGGUGGAUACCCUCGUCAAAGGCAUGUUCAUCGGGUUUGUGUUCCCUCUGGGGGCUAUCGCUUGGGUGCUGAGAGAGGAAGGGAUGUUGUCGAAGCGAUGGCGGGUUUCGAUUGCGUUUGGGGUGGUGUUUGGGUUUGCGAUUGGCGUGUUGAGGGCGUUUUCAGCCGAACCGUAG